CAUGUGGAACAGGAGAUUGAGGAGAAAUCAUUUGAUGUCACUGUAACAAUGGUUCAAGAAACUGGUCGACUCCUCUCAUCAAAACAUGUGCUACAUGGCUGAAGACAGGGGCAAGUGGUAUGGCGGUUCAGGAAUUUGGUAUUCCAAGCGGAUUUGAAGCCGACUUGGAGAGCAUUGCUGGUGUUGCUGAGAUCAAAAAAGUUGAAAGUGAAGACAGAAAAGUCAUACUAUAUUUUGACGAGAUUACCACUAAACCAAUUUGUCUUACAAUGGACGUAAUCCGAACGGGCAUGGUCGCCAAGUCGCAGCCAGCAACCGUUAGGGUAUAUGACUACUAUCAACCAAGUAACCAAGUAACAGCAUUCUAUGAGUCCCACGUGUUGAAGAAUUCAGACAUCUGUGACGUAUGCGCAGAUUGCGGAUGCAAGGGUGCAAGAAGGCGAUAAAACAUGUGUUGAAAUGGACAUUUCUGAACAUUUGUGUCAAUUUAUUUUGUGUAAAAAAAGAAUUUUAUAAUAGUUCAGAUAAAUUUCUGACAGAGACAUGAAUAAGAUAAUUGUUCAUAUAUGAAGUGAUUCUUUUGCAGCUUUUCAGUAUGAUAUACACUUUUGUAUACAUUCAAUGUAGUAUGAUAGUCAAAUCCUUGUUAAUUGAAGGAAUUAGGGCAUAUUUUCUAUGUUUUUGUUUGUUUGCUUUUCCAUAUUAAAACUGAAAUUAAUCAUU